AUGAAGGCUACGCCAUCAUUCCGCAGCGGUGUGGUUCUAAAAACAUGUCAGCUACUUGAUUUCUAUCAAGGUUCUGUGGAGCGCGGAAGGAUCCCUUGGCAAUUUGCACGGAUCGCCGCGGCCAACAAGACCUUUUUAUUACUGAAAAUUGGCAACCAACAUAAUUUGUUAAACAGUGCAGUUACUGCUAUUUUCGACUUUUGUUUUGAAAGAUCCUAUGUAACCAUCUUCAGCUAUCACGGGAGAACUAAAAAAUCAUUCAAAUCUCUUGGAAUAUUUCAAGUUAUGCAAGAUACCCUUUCUGGUCGUGUAAGCUCACCCCAAGACACAGAUACAAUAACAAAAGUCAUUAUUAAUAUAUUAAAACAUGCAAAAAAGUAA